UCUGCUCGGAGCACAACUCCUCAGACCCCGAGACAGCCAGCGCGUGUCAGGGCAACUCCCCUCUCGCUCACCAUGGACCCCGCUUUCGAAGGAGUCGGUCAGGAGCCGAAGCUGUGGAUCUGGCGUAUUGAGAACUUCGAGGUCAAGACCUAUGACGAGGCCCAGCAUGGCAAAUUCUACGAAGGCGACUGCUACAUUAUUCUCAAGACCAAACUGCAGCGGGACCAGCUGGUGCACGAUGUUCACUUCUGGCUGGGCAAGGAGUCGUCGCAGGAUGAGUGGGGCACGGCGGCGAUCAAGGCCGUCGAGCUGGACGAUUCUCUGGGCGGCAAGCCCGUGCAGCACCGCGAGGUGCAGGACCACGAAUCGGCCCUCUUCCUCUCUUACUUCAAAAAAGCAGGAGUCCAGUACCUGAAGGGAGGCGUGGCCAGCGGAUUCCGCCACGUGGACCCGGACGACUACGAGCCGGCGCUGUUCCAGGUCAAGGGCCGCCGGAACGUGCGCGUCUCUCAGGUGGAGAUGGGCAUCGCGUCAAUGAACAAGGGCGACUGCUUCAUCCUGGACACGGUGGACACGAUCUACCUGUGGACGGGCCCGGAGAGCCGACGCACCGAGCGGCUGAAGGCCAUCCAGUCGGCCUCGCAGAUGCGCGACAACGACCACGCCGGCGGCGCCAAAAUCCUCAUCCUCGACGAGUCGGCCGACAGCGGCGAGUUCGAGGCGUUCUUCGAGGCACUGGGCGGCGGCUCCAAUGACGACGUGGCCGACGCGCCGGCGACCGAUGAUGACGUCAGCCACGAGAGGAACGAACAGAAAGCGGCCACGCUGUACAAAGUGAGCGACGGUGGCGACGACUCGGUGGAGAUUGAGGAGGUCGGCGCCCGCCCGCUGACGCAGGACAUGCUGCACUCGGAGUCCGGCUCUCAGGACUGCUUCAUCCUGGACACUGGCGCCGCCGGCUUCUUCGUCUGGAUCGGCCGCGACAGCGCCAAGGCCGAGAAGGAGUCGGCCAUGACCAAGGCCACCAAGUACAUGCAGCAGAAGGGUCUGCCCGUCUGGACCAAGGUGGAGCGUAUCGUGGAGGACGCCGAGCCGGCCGUGUUCAAGCAGUACUUCUCCCGCUGGGUGGACGACGACGCCCAGGUCGGCCUGGGCAAGGUGUACACCGAGGAGCAGAUCGCAGAGAGCCUGCCGAACCUGGACCUGUCGGCCCACUCGCCGGCCGAGCAGCGCCACAUCAUCCAGAAGUCUGCCGGUGCUGCCAUCGGCUUCAUGCCCGACGACGCGUCCGGCCAGCUCGAAAUCUUCCGGGUCGAGGAGAUGGAUCUGGCGCCAGUGGCCGAGGAGGCGCACGGCAUGUUCUUCGGCGGCGACUCCUACGUCCUCAAGUACACCUACGAGAAGGAGGGCAGGGAGCAGUACAUCAUCUACUUCUGGCAGGGCAAGGAGAGCUCCAACGACGAGAAGGCGGCGUCGGCACUACAGGCGGUCAAGAUGGACGACGACCUGGGCGGCAAGGCGGUCCAAGUGCGCGUCAGCCAGGGCGAGGAGCCGCGCCACUUCCUCAUGCUCUUCAAGGGCAAGAUGGUGGUCUUCAUGGGCGGCCACGCGAGUGGCUUCAAGAACGUUCACGACCACGACACGUACGACGCGGACGGCACGCGCAUGUUCCACGUGCGCGGCCUGAGCGAGGCUGACACGCGCGCCGUGCAGGUGCCCGAGCAGGCGGCCUACCUCAGCCCCGACGACGUGUUCGUGCUGGAGACGCCCGGCACCACCUACAUCUGGAACGGCCAGGAGUCCUGCGAGGAGGAGCGGGCCGUGGCGCCGGGCAUCGCGGCUCUGGUCUCCCCGGACAGCGAGCCCACCGUUAUCAACCAGGGCGAGGAGCCGGAGGAGUUCUGGGCGGCGCUGGACGCCUCUGCCGACCAGAUCGGCCACCAUGAGCCCAGCUCGCCCCAGCGCGCCAAAAAGAUGGUCCACUGCACCAUCAACAGCUCCGGCAACUUCAUCGUCAACGACGUCGACGGCUUUGAGCAGGACGACCUGAACGACGAUGACGUCAUGCUGGUGGAUACGGGUGACGAGGUGUACUGCUGGAUCGGCAACGACGCCAGCGCUAUGGAGAAGGAGAAGUCAUUUGAAUUCGCCAAGAAGUUCGUGCAGACCGACCCCUCCCCGCGCUCGGACGCCACCGUCAUCCAAGUGAAGGAGGGCAAUGAGCCGGCGGCGUUCAAGGCACUCUUCCCCAGCUGGGACGACGCGUUCUUCGAGGUGCCGUCUGACAACCGGCCCAAGUACGACGACGUCAAGUCCAUGAUCGCCCGCUUCAAUGAGUCUAUGUAGGCGGGCUGCGCCGCACCACGCCUCUGGCGCGCCAGUCCUUGCCGCCGCGCGCCGAGGUUCGGCGCAGCGUGCAGCGUUCUGCCGGCCCAACCACGUGAAUUACCGGCGCCAUGAUCAGAGCUCUGCUGGCGUUUGGAGCCGCUCUUCGCCGCCUUAGGGAUAGAUCGGGGCCUUUUAGGGUCGGUCCCGGUACGUAGUGCGAGGAGCUCUCUCUUACACCGAUUUGUUGGUUUCCGAGAAGGUCUCAAACCUAUUUUGUAAUAAUUUUGUUUGUUUGCUUCACUCUGCGGGCGGUGUGACGUAGUGUUUGGAUAUAUGCGUAGUUCGAUCGCAUGUGCUUAACGAGAGCAUGACAACAACGAGGUUCGACGUUCAUGAUGCUGGCUGCCGGUGUUUCGAGCAGUUGUUUUGAUAUUUUCACGUAGGCUGCCACUGCAAUCCGAUCGAUGGCGACAGGAGAUUCUGAAGAGGUUUUGUUUUCUCACUUAGCCGCACAUUUCUGCUAGCGCGUCGAAGUUUUCAUGAUCCGCGUAUUGGCAUCCGGUGUUUCUGAUGUCUUCAUUGCUGGUAAGGUGACGAGCGGUGCUCCGCCCGUCCUUUUGGAAACGUCCCUUGAUAAGGGCAGUGGCUCCGUCUCGAAUUUCAGCCGGUAUUUGCCCACUAGCUGAACGAAUUGUUAGUCUUCCGUAUUGUCUGACAACCCCAAGCUGAUAGCGCAUUGUGAGUAGAAGAACGUCCAGACGGUUGAGUGCGGAGCCGAGGGAAUACUCGAGCCAUGCUAUACUUGUAACGCUUUCCGCUGCCUCAAGGCCGCGCUUUCUGUUCUUCUGCGGAACCGCGCUGGUUGCGCAGCCUACAUGCUUCUAAAGCUUUAUACGACGCCGGUAGACAGGCACCAGUCGAGGAUAUUUUUCGAAUAAACCUGUGGAAAUUUU